ACAUAAUGACCAGCAGGAGCUUCCUCGUCAAGUUCUUAACAGUGAAACAUUGGGCAUUUUCAGACAAAAUCAUGCAUCCCCUAUCACGAGGCAAAGAAGAAAUAAUGCUCCAUUUGAUCCACUAAUAGCACUCAGUCAACAUGGUACCCCAAGACAUGGUCGUCAAUGUCAACAACGAGCUGUUGGUCGCCCAGUAGCUAGACUGAACAUCAUUCCAAAUGUCAUAUUUCAAUCAACUGAUGAACCACAGGAUUUACAAAUGAAACUGAAGGCCAGAGACAAGGGGUAUUCCUGCAGAUUGUGGAUAACAAUGGCCCAUAUACAUUUAAUGAUCUUUGAAGCAACAAUGCAUCAACCUAGGAAAUUAUAUGUUACAAAGGCUCCUGCUGCAAGUAUUGAUGAUAUGCAACAAUCUCCCCAUUCAACUUCACAUACAUCACCUAUUUUGUCGCCAUCAAUACCCACCAUUUCACCAUCAUCCUCAUCUUCUUUGCAACAAUCUAUUAUACCUCCAUCAUCUCAGCCAAAUCCUUAUCCAUCCUUAUCAGACCAACAGUCAUUAGACACACAUUUAUUACACACAACAAUACAUGCGAAUAUGAAUAAUACCCGUUUGUCAAUCCACACUCUAUUGAAUAUAACAGAAAGCCAACAAAUGCGGAUUGUAAUCCACAAUUGUAGUUCACUAAUUAAUGACUUACUAACAUGGGCUGAGAAUGCGAGUAUUGUGGAUAUGCUAGCAACACCUGUUAUCACAAUACAAAGUGAGCAAGCUGUUGACAUUGGAGGGGUAUUACGUGACAUUGUUGAGAGCUUUUGGGAACAAAUUAGGGUGUGCGAAUUUCCUAUUUUUGGUCCACUUUUUACAAACAACACACUCACUCCCAGGAUGCAUGCAGUGUUUGCCCAAGAGACCAGAACUGUGGGUAGACUGUUAUGGUGGUCAAUUAUCCAUAACAUUGCUUAUCCAAAAUGGCUUGCUGCUUAUGUGUUAGAUUGGCUUUUUGGAGAAGAUAUAGAUUUGAUGGAGGCAUUGAAGUGUAUCUCUGAGCCAUUAUGGACACUCUGCAAUGAAUUAGACAGACUUAGUUCAGAAGAAUGGCAAGCAUAUGAACUCUCAGCAGUGCUGCUAGUGUUUGCCAAACAGAAUGAUAUAACUGUACAGCAACUAUGGGAAGACUCCCCUCAGGAGAUAGCGAAUCUGAUUAAGUUGUCAACAGUUUUAUUAUCUCAGAGACAUACUUUGGAAAAAUUUAAAGAGGGAUUCAAUGUUGACUUUGGACAUG